GCGUGCGCGGGCACGAGGGACGGGCUUGCCUCGGGCUCAGGCGCGGCGGGCGCGCGCUGCGGCGGGUGUGCGAGGCGCGGGCUGUUGUGCUCCCGGCUCUGCUCGGUUCUUCCUCUGCGGGUGGCGGAGGCCCCAAGCGGUGCGGGGCUCGACCCUUCCUUCCCUGCUCGUCCUGCCCAGUUCUUCUCGCGCUGCGCGGUCCCUCGGACGCCAGACCGGCCCGGCCUGGAUAUGGCUCGUGGACAACAGAAGAUUCAGUCUCAGCAGAAAAAUGCCAAAAAGCAGGCUGGACAGAAGAAGAAACAAGGACAUGACCAAAAGGCUGCUGCCAAGGCUGCCUUAAUAUACACCUGCACCGUCUGCAGGACACAAAUGCCAGACCCCAAGACCUUCAAGCAGCACUUUGAGAGCAAGCACCCUAAGACUCCACUUCCUCCAGAACUGGCUGAUGUUCAGGCAUAAAGUUGUUUACAGGUGAAUUCAUGACUCCUUUGACUCUCUACUGUCUCAGACCUUAGGUAACAAACCUGCAGCUGCUUUUUUAAACAAACUGUUGAUCAGCAAAAAAUAAAGGGGCUACAGAAACACUCAUUCUUAUGCUGUUCCCUUUGGGCUUCAUGCAAAGACAAUUCUGUGUAAAUGUACAGUUGACUCUGAUGUGGAAAUCUGAAAAAUCAGUCCAUUCUUGUUAUAACAAUUUUUUUACAAUUGUAAUUAUAUUGAUGUUCAUAUUGUGUAAAAUAACUCAUUUAAUAAUAAAGUAGUGCUUUGAUUUUACAACACCACAGGAUAAAUGGUUCUAGAAAUUCUGUUCUAACUUUCCUUAUUAUUUGCCUUAUAAAAAUGAGUUGCUCAGCUAGUGUUGCAAGAGCAGUUCUCUCCCUUCUCAGCUCAGCGGCAGGUUUGUUAAACUAGAGCAGAUUCCUUCAUUACAUCGUGCACAUGGUUCUUUUGGCAGCUGAUGCAGGUUGACUGGCUGAUCUGUUGCUUCCGUGUAUUCCCCACUUCUGAUCAUUUCCUGGGUGUCCAUCUGGGAGUCAUUUUAGAUGACAGAUUCAAUUCAUGAAAUUGGUAGGGUUGCCAGUGAGCCCUUCUGGACUACGUAUGAAGGAACAAGUGUGAACUAUAAAGACCUAAGGUGUCUUAUAAGGGAUCUUUGCAAAUUGUUCAGAUUCUUUCAUUUGAAAUUGAACUAUAAUUUUUGAAAGUUAUUUAGCUAAUUUUAUGAAUGGAUUUUUGCAUUUAACAGGAAGAGUAGAAUGAUUUGUUCCAGGUUAAUUCUCAGAACAUUCUUUGUCUUUCAGAUAAAACUCUAAUUUUAGAGACUUAGUGUUGGCUCCUGAAAUCAAAGACUGUCUAGUCUGACUUCACCUGAACUAGCAAAGUGUUGUAGGAUAAGGUAAAUUCUGCCAGUUAAGGAAGACUAGUUCUGGUGGUGUAGUUGACAAGCAAGUCUGCUGUAACUCAGCUUAAGUUUAGAAAUUGACGUAAUGGGAAGAACAUUACAUACUGACAGCUGCGACCCUGACCUGUGGAUAACAAACAGAUCCCUCGUGAUGUAGCCUGGGCAGUUAGUGGACAGCUUAGCAUACUCUGACCACCUGGCUCAUGCCCCUGAGUUUGAAGGAAGGUGUCUAAAGGGAGAGUCUUGGACUCCAGCAAGGGAGUGCUGGUAGUUUGCACAGCAGCCCCGUCCCUGGCCUCACAGAAGUACAGUCCAUCUGUUUAUUUAAUUUCCUGCCUCACACUUGGUAUCCACUGUUUGCUAAAAUGUUGCUGACUAGAGUUAAAGAGUUUUACCUGUUUUCUUGUGGAUCUUACAGACAUUCUAGUUAAAUGGCAGAUUUAGAGCUUCCGAAAGUGCUUUACGCAGAUGUAUGUUUCUUUUAGUAACAAACUGGUCAUUCAGAGCCUGUUUGCAAUUUUCGGUUUAAUUCCUUUUGUUUGUUUCACAGUUGUAAUUCAGAAUAAACCAUUUUCAAUCUUGUAUGAAAGUGUUUUAUGAGCAGCUGAAGACACCAUAUUUCACUCUGUAUCUCUGAUAGGGAGUAGUUGAUGGAGCUUCCUUCUGAGCAUGGGGAUUGCCAGCACGGUCCUACUCUGUGUUUCAGUUAAAUCUGCUGUAAGGAGGAAAUGACCACUCAAACGCCUCUGUACUUUAGUUUGGAGAGUCUUAACAGACAAGUUUGUUUAAAAACUGUUUUGGUGUCUUCACAGGUGAUAUAAAAUAGCAAGAGGGACUGACCUGUUUGUAUUCUGUAUGUAUGUUAUCAAAAGGAAUGGGGUUCACAUUAGACCUGUUUCCAUUCUCAUCCCCGUGUUUAGCUGACACACUUGGGACCUCACGUGUGCUGUAAUGUCUUAUUAAAGAAGAUGUUAAAGAAAA